AUGGCUGCUGCGAGUGGAACUGAGUUGCACGCCGACGGCGACAUGAAAUCGCCCAACUCCAGCCCCGAAGACGACAUCCCAGACCAGAUUGGGUCAAACGGGUCCACUCCUACGGGCAUCGCAACCCCUCAGCCCGAUCCCGCGGACAAGCGUCUGCCUUCCAUCAUGCAUAACUACUUCCAGGUUGGUUCUUUCUCUGGUGAUAAAGCGAAUUUGCCUCGAUUCUGGUCAUAUCUCUCGAAAUCUUCCUCCGACCCCUCUCCAUCACAAACACCCCCACCUUCCACCUCUCCCACCACCACUCAUCACCCGGGCACUUCCUCCGAGUCCUUCGUUAUGAUGGAGCGGGAGGAUGGAGAGGGGUCUGAUCAGAUGGAGGUGAUACCUUCUACCAACUUGCCCACUCCGCCGCAUUCUUUACUCCAACAGGAGUCGGACGAGAUGGACCUUGCGUCGAGUCUCGAGAAGAAUGACGGGUCUUCGAUAUUUCAUAUUUUAAAGAAAUAUCUCGCCCCGCCCACCACCGCCCCUCCUUCUCGCCGUCAAACUUCCCUACCAGUCUCCAGCGUCUCUGAUGACCCCGUUCUUGCUUCACAUUUCUCCAAUCCAUCUAUUCCUUCUGCUUCUUCAGAUGCUUUCUGCCCUUCCGAAGCUCCCUUACUCGACCACGAGAUGCCGCAUGUUUCUAUAUCUUCCGAGAAUCUUGCCAAGCUGACUGGAAACGCACCCGAUGGGGUGCGUCUCAAGAAUACCCCGCCGUUGACUCCCCGGGCCAUGUCCAACGAGGACCAAUCGGCCGACAAAAAGUCCGUCACCUCCGCCCCGCACGCCAGCGGAUCCGAGGAGUUGCAAGAGGAACAGCAACGGCAAGAGCAACAACCACACUCGGAUGGUAUGGACAGUUCCACCGACGAAAUCGCCAUGAAGCUCGACGAGGCUUUCCCUCGCCAAUCCACCGCCUCCCCGCAAAAUGGAGCUCCCGUGGGACCGCUGAAGGGAAAACUGUUUGUGAAGAUUUCCGAGGCUCGCGGAUUGCGGGCUAGUUUCGAUCCCUACGUCGUUUGCGUCUUCGAGUGGAAUGAGUAUAUCUCCAAGGGUGCUCGAACUGGGGAAGAGGAGAAGAAACGGCGGCAAAUGCAGUCGGAUGCCGAGGCUGGGAUUCCCAUGGCCAUUCCGAUGAAGAGCCGCCAAAGUAGCUACAACAGUGCUCUGGACGGCCACGAUCACAAGGGCCGAACCCCCGUGACGGAUCCCCAUUGGGAUCAUGAGGCGGUCUUGUAA